AAAGCAGACGGCAAUUAUUACAAGCCUGUUCUCAAACAAUGGGAACAUUUGCAUAUGAGGUAUCUACAGAAGACUGAGACAGCCCUGAACGGCACAGAACAGGUCAGACCGCCCCCACCUUCAACACUCUCAAGACCUUCAUCAUGAUGCGUGUGAGGGUGUUGCUGACCCUGGUACUGAUAGCCGCUCUGCUCUGGGAGUCAGAGGCAAGGUUCUCACGGAGGUACCGUAACAGGUACUCACGGAGGUACCGUCGCACACAACCUACAUCCAGGUGUUCUAACCCAUGGAGAGGGCGUGGUGUCCUCCAGACCGGCUGCCUCAAGCCGUACCAGGCGGGGGAGACCUGCGGGUUCUCGUGUCAGGACGGGUACAGGCAGACUUCAGGUGACAACAGCAGGACCUGUAGCGGUGGCUCCUGGUCCGGACAACCCCUGGUCUGCGAGUACGCCGGAUGUUACCGACCACCGUACACUGAGGGUUCUUGGUGGAGAGGCUGCAGCUGGCCUUUUGAGACCGGGGAGAGCUGCACCUACGAGUGUAGGGAUGGACACGUGGCAGUGUCCGGGGACUCCAGCAUUACCUGUCAGGACGGAGCCUGGUCUGGGACGCCGCUAAGCUGCGAGUACACUGGAUGUGAACGGCCACCUUUCACAAGGGGCAGCUGGAGUGAGAAUUGCUGGUGGCCUUACGAGAACGGGGAAAACUGCACCUACACCUGCAGGGAGGGAUAUUCUAGAGUGUCCGGAGACUCCACCAUCACCUGUGUGGACCGUACCUGGUCCGGGACCCCGCUGGAGUGCCAGCGUACUUCCGGUUGUGACGCUCCACCCCGUCGCUAUGGCUCCUGGGGACCCCGGGACUGCCGCUGGCCGUACGAGGAAGGGGAGACGUGCAGGUUCGACUGCCGGCCCGGGUGGGAGCAGCAGUCGGGGAACACCACCACCACCUGCACCGGCGGGCAGUGGACUGGAGACCCGCUGGUCUGCACCAGGAGCUCCAGCCCUGGCUCUAGCGCCGGCUGGUGGAAUGGGCGUUAAGACGUCCACCCGACCGUGAGGCUUGGACCCAGCAACGUCACUACAUCAUGACGUCAGCUCUCAUCGAUUUCUUAUGUUUUGAAUACUCGUAUUAGAUGUUAUAGCUUAAUUACAAUUAACAGCUCGACUAGAGAUAAAAGGGUCACUUUCGUUUUUUUAAUACCUUCGUGGAUUGAACUGUCUCUAAAUCAGUUACAUUCACUAAAUGGAUUAUAAACGCUUCUAGUAGCAUAGAGACAUGUUUUGUCAACGAUUAUAUUCUUUUCAACUUAACUCAGCUUUUUUCAAACAGUUUGCAGUAAAUAUGGUGAAAAUGGGACAAACAUUGUAUGUUGUGAUUAUUUUCUUCCAGAUUGUUAUUCUCCUAUUUCUUUUUUAUGGCUCUAGUGCUAUUUCUUAUUAUGGCUCUAGGUCACGCUAAUAUAUACCGUUUUAUUCAACUGGUAUCAUAGUAUACAAAUUAAAAAGAUUCAAAAUCUUA